UAACAAUCCUUGUACGGUUUUGAGGCUAGCCCUGCAAAUUACUUGAGCGAUACUCUGCACAGGCGAACAGCUAACCAGCUAGACAGAAAGGAGGUAGAACUGUCAGUCUCGGUCUUUCUACUCUUGUUUUGCGAUAUUGUGGACUAUUUUCGCUGUCGAGGCAGGCUACCAUUGUUAGACCAGGUGGCCCUUGAGUCCGCUUUUCUGAUACGUAAGAGGGGAUCGGUCGCAGUGAUUUUUUUUUAUAGCCUUUGCUUUAGCCUUUGGGCUUUGCUAUUCUGUGCCCGAGUGCUGUACACGCCACAUAAACCGAGUGUAGAGUUCCUGGGUAUCCGACGGAAAUUGGGAUCAAUAAGUUCUAUACUAACGAAUCGCUAUAGAUGCAGGAUGAACAGCACUCCCGGUGACUACCAUUUGUUUGUCCAAAGUCUUUUUCUUGAAAUUAAAGGUGGUUCUAGAACACAAUAUCCAUAUUUUCUGGAAAAAAAGAAUAUCACAUUCUAUAUAAUUUUAUUCUUUGCCUGUUUGUAUGUGUAUUUUUGCGGGGUGUCGUCAACCGGCCGAAUUCGUGUGUGUACUGACUUUUUUUUUUUUUUUAGAACCGGGUUAUUGUGUAUUAUCCCGCGGGUUACGAUUAACAGCAGUGUGGCGUUGGUCAACUCGCUGAUCAUCGUACUGCUUCUGGCGAUAAGGUUUCUUCCGUUGAAUCAGUUGAAUCCCAAGUUUUCCAUAGUUUACAAUUUGAUCCUGGUCUUCAGCUUGGCGGUGACGAUUUUACCUUUUUUUUUGGCUGUGUCGGAUGCCGUUACUUACACGAAUCGGAAGCUGGUGGAUGCGCAGCUCUUGUCCAUAGAUAGGUUUCUUUUGGGAUGGUAUGUGUGCGGAGGCACGGUAUGCACUGCGAAGGCGACGCCUCAUUUCCUUGGGGGGGGGGGUCGUGUAUUUUUUGCGGCGAAGCUGAAUUUGCUUUUUUUUGACAGGCUCUAUCCAGAAGGCCAGCUGUCUCUGGCGCUGGAUUCCUCGAAAUAUUUUAACACUUCGACAACCAUUGGUAAAUACUACGUAGAAAUUUUUGUGUUGUGUUAUUUAAGCUAUUACUUUUGGGGAUACGCUGCACUUAUCAUUCUCGUUCGACGUUAUGUUGUUUCGUGGAGGGCGCGCAGAAGCGUUGACACAACUAUAUCGUUGGCAUACAUCAGGUUUCCGCGCCUCUAUUUGAAGGACAAGUACAAGUACCCGCUGGGAGGGACUGCGGUGACGAGGUUUUUGGUCCGAAUAACUUCCGACAACAUGAGUUUUGGCUCCUUUCCAUCCGGACACGUCGCAGAGACGCUGGUUGUUGGCAUAUUCACAUCUCGGCUCAACCGUACUCUGGGUAUUUUGAUAAUGACGUUCGCCUUACUGAUUAUGCUCUCCACUCAAGUUUUGCGCUAUCACUACUUCGUCGACAUACUGGGCGCGUUGGUGGUGAGCGUCAUCUCGACCCAAUUUGCGUCCUGUCUACGUCACGCGCAGUUUACCGAGCAAGUACACAGCCUGGCCAGCGCGUUCAUGCUCAGGUCGAUCACUGGUCUCAACAACAAUAACGAAUACACUUUUGAAGGCGGUCAGGAAACAGCUCUUGGAUCGAUCAACCACCUUGUCGAAGAGAUCGAAUGUUUGGACGUCAUUCAGAUGGAAGGCGAUGGAGAGUGCGACUUUGUGAACGACGUCGUCUCCAAUCGCGUGCGUGACGGCUCUAAGGAGAACAUAGGAAGGGCAGCGGCCAUCAUUUUUUGAUAACUAGCAAAGCGUUCGAGUCAGUGGUUACUGAAACUGCAACGGCUUUUCUGUAUCCAGGACUUCGUUCGAGCGCUCGGUCUUGCAGCGCCCUCUCUUGAUCCGUGAACGCCGGGUCGCGUUUACCGCGCUUGACCUUCUCUCUGUGGGUCAAAGCAGCCCGACAAAGCGUUUGCAACGAACGGCGCGGAGGCCGCAGUGGACGAUACUUAUCCCCAUCGGACGAUGGCCUACGG